AUGGAAUGUUGAAGAGAUGAAAUGAAAGUGCCCCCUAAGUCACAAAGUCGCAGGGGGUGCGCAUCCUUUCGACGGGGCUCCCAGGAAUAGAGCUGUACCACUCUCCCUGAUGAUCCUGGGAAGUAGCUACUUCCCCCAGACAGAGUUGGGGUCCAAUCCAUGCAUGUCCAGUUCCCACCAAAGCCCACCCUCCCCAGGGCUUGCUUGGAUACAAGGAUAACUCUAGGCCCCACUGUGGGAUUUAUCUGUGAGAGGGCAGAGGUGCACAAAGUUUGAGACAGAAGUGAAUAGACAGGUGUGCUUCUUAGGGAAGCAGCAGAAAGGUGGCAAGAAGCUGGCAGCAGCCCCCGAGAGGGCCCUGGCACCAUGGACAAUGAUGAACCUCUUGAGCCUGAGACAAAAGAUGAACCCGAAACCAAACCCACCUCACAGAACAGUGAUGAAACCCUCUACUGUGAGGCCGAGGCCUCUGUGGCUGUGGAAAAAGAGAAGCCAGCCCGAGAGAGCUCAGAAACAGACCUGGAGAUUGAAGAUACAGAGAAAUUUUUCACCACCAGACAAAAUGAGCUGUACCUGGAAGCCUGCAGACUGAUGAGCGUGGUGCCUGUCUCCUACUUUCUCCGGAACAUGGAGGAGUCCUACAUGAAUCUCAACCACCAUGGGCUGGGCCCCAAUGGUACCAAGGCUAUUGCUAUAGCCCUAGUGUCCAACACAAGUGUUGUCACCCUGGAGCUGGCUGACAACGGUCUCAUGGAGGAAGGCAUCCUGAGCCUGCUGGAGAUGCUGCAAGAGAAUUACUACCUGCAAGAGUUGAAUGUUUCCGACAAUGACCUUGGCUUUAAGGGGGCCAAAAUCAUCUCUGAAUUUCUUCAGAGAAAUACGUCUUCUCUCUGGAAUCUGCAGCUUUCAGGGGAAGAGCCUGACAGGGCCAGGAUACAGGAGGGGAAGGGAGCCCUAGUCUGGAAAGCAUUGCAAACAACCCCCUUCACUGCAGGAAAUAACUUCAGGGAUGAAUCUGCAGAACUGUUGUGCCAAGCCCUGGCGGCCAAUUACCAAAUCAAGACGCUGGAUCUCAGCCACAACCAGUUCUCUGAUAAGGGAGGAGAAUACAUGGGCCAGAUGCUGGCCCUCAAUGUAGGGCUCCAGUCACUGGAUCUGAGCUGGAAUCACUUCUACAUACGGGGAGCUGUGGCCUUGUGCAAUGGUCUCCGGGCUAAUGGAACCCUGCAGAAACUGGAUCUGUCUAUGAACGGCUUUGGGAACGAGGGGGCCACAGCCCUUGGGGAGGUCCUCAGACUCAACAGCUCCCUGGUCUACCUAGACAUCAGCAUCAAUGAUAUCAGCAAUGAGGGAAUCUCCAAAAUCAGCAAAGGACUGGAGUUCAAUGAGAGCCUCAAAGUCCUGAAGCUUUUCCUCAACCCUAUGAGUAUGGAUGGGGCUGUUUUGCUUAUCCUAUCCAUCAAGAGGAACCCCAAAUCCAAGAUGGAAGAGAUUGACAUUUCCAAUGUGCUGGUGUCUGAGCAGUUCCUAAAAAUAUUGGAUGGGGUGUGUGCCAUCCACCCCCAGCUGGACGUGGUGUACAAGGCAGUGCAAGGCCUCUCUGCCAAGAAAACGGUCCUCCUGUGGGCGAACCCCAUGAAAUUGAUUCAGAGCUAUGCCGACCAGCACAAGAUCACAGUCUUAGACUUCUUCAAGAGCCUGAGCCCUGAUGGAAAGAUGACGAUGCCUGUGGGCAAUUUCCGGAAAGCCAUAAUACUGCAGGACAAGGUCCCCCUCAACCUGUACCAGGUCAGGGAGCUGGUAAAGAAGCUGAGUGACAAGCCCGACACGGUGAACUUCAGAGCUUCAGCCUCCACCAUGUGCUCCUGGCUGUGGGGCCAGGUUCUGGGGACAUGGUGUCACAGCUGAACAGGAGGUGACGCAGCGGAGCCCGUGGCUAGGCCCUGGAGUGGUGACAGGUGUUUGCCGGGUACCCAGUAGGCCAGAGAGGAUCUCCCGGGCAAGUACGGAAGGUGCAGGCCACUCCGCUGUGGACAGUGAUGUCCUGUGACAGAAGCUGUGUUCCUUAAAGAGACAGAAAAGGGCCGGGACAGCAGCAAUAAGGCAGCGACUCCCUCCGUGAGCCCUUCCCGCAGCCCCUUCCUCUGCGGGCACCGGGCCUGCCCACGAGCCCCGCAGCGCCGUCCUCCCCGCCGUCCUCCCCCGCGGCCCAGACGAUGAAGCUGAGCUUUGGAGAAAGGCAGCACAGAAGCUCAGCGUGUGCAUACAGGGGCAGCCGUGGCCUUUGAAGCCACGUCCAUGUGCUUCCAGAAGCUGUCCCACCAGCUUGGGCUCCCAUCUAGCCCUGCAGCUUUGUGUUCUUGCGGUGUCCUUAGGGAGCACUACCCGAGCCAUCCCCUCUGGCCCUGCUCCACAAGCCUUCCCCGGGUCCCUCUGUCCUGUGCCCCGACUGAUGCCUCCGGUGGGGAGAAGCCAGGCAGGGACAGGCGGGGCAGACUGACCCAUCUGCACACCCUGCUUCUAGUAAAGGGUGCAGCCGCACCCAGGGCUCUCAGUCUCCAAGUCUUUAGCAUGGGGUUAUGACCCCAGCACCCGAGAGGGUUUGUAAGGCCUAAAUGGGGACAAUGCAUGCGAGAGGCUGGCACAUGUCACCCAGCAAAGGGACCCUUCAAGAUGCCUCGCACGUCCGCCACACCAUUCCCAUCUGCCCUCCCUGACGUGAUGAUGCUUCUUGUGCCUUGGGAAGUUGGUGGAAAGUGCCCGGGCAGAGCCUGAGAGACCAAGUUCUGGGUCCGCAGACGAGUUCAAGUGGUCAUCAGGAGGCAGUCCUGGGGCUUGGGUCCCCGAGUCUUGGGAACUGAGGGGAGGUCUCUGAUGCACCCUGCAAAUUAUCCCUCAGCUCUGUUAGUUCUGAUUGAAGAGCAGAGUGGUCA